UAUUGAUACUGAGUGAUGUCUCUUUCAGGUCUACUCUGUGACUUGCUGUGGUCAGAUCCUGACAAAGAUGUUUCAGGCUGGGGUGAGAAUGACCGUGGUGUAUCCUUCACUUUCGGUGCAGAUGUCGUCAGUAAAUUCUUGAACCGUCAUGAUUUAGACUUAAUAUGCAGAGCACAUCAGGUUGUUGAAGAUGGUUAUGAAUUCUUCGCCAAGAGACAGUUGGUCACUCUGUUCUCAGCACCAAAUUACUGCGGAGAGUUUGACAAUGCAGGAGGAAUGAUGUCUGUGGAUGAAACCCUCCUCUGCUCCUUCCAGGUAAGAUUGCAUAUUUUGUAUCACCAUUUUUAUUCCGAGACCGUCUAUUUCGUCCCAGAAUGUCAGGUCAGAGAGUCAAAGUCUGCUCAAGGUCUGCUGCUGGUCAGGGGGCAGGACCUGGCUAAACCCUGUCAGUUCAAGCCACUUGAAGUGCACCCCACGCCCCUCCGCACCAACAUCCGCCUUCCCCAUCCCCACGCCCCCCAUCCCCCGCAAGCUGGCCGUUCUUCACCGACCGCCAAUAAGGACCAUUUCUCAGCACCCUCCUUAGUAACUCAUCCAAGCCAUCCAUCCCGCCGAGAUACAGUAGCAGAAGCUCUCCGCAAUCCUCAUAACAGACUGACAGGUUGGACCUAUGGCUUCGUGGGCAGGCGGAUACUUCUGUACCACUACCACGCGCGUGCUUGUUCCUUGUGGGUUUUUAUCUGCAGCGCUUCUUCAUAUAGUGCGUUGGUACUGUUGAACUAUGCAGUCUGUAUGGCAGUGGUCGGCAACCUAUGGCACGAGUGCCAGACGUGGCACGCAGAGCACUUGGCUGUGGCACGCCAUAUGAUUCAGAGGACCAGAGAAAGUUAA